AUGUAUGCUCCGGAGGGAGGUUUUGUUCCAUCGUAUUCACCAGUUUCCAGAAGAGUGCUUGUUCCCGUGUCUGAUCCAGUACCUGAGCCCGUGGAUGUCCCUGAAUCCGAGUCGGUGUCUGAAGCCGUGGAUGUCGCUGUGCCCGUGUCUGAGCCCGAGCCUGUGGAUGUCGAUGUAUCUGUCCCGCUAUUUGACCCUGCGCCUGAGUCCGUACCUGAGCCCGACGUUCCGGUCGCGCUUCCUGUAUCUGAAUCGGUGCCGGUCCCUGGGGUCCCUGUGUCUGAGCUAGUAUCGGAGCCAGAGCCUGUUGAUGUCGCUGUGCCUGUGUCCGAAACUGACGUCCCUGUCGCGGUCCCUGCCCCUGAGCCAGAGUCUUUUGAUGAUGCUGUGCUUGUAUCUGAACCUGACGUCGAGGUAUCUGGGCCACUAUCUGAUCCCGUGCCGGACCCCGAGUUUUCUGGCCCGGAUCCUCCCUCUGCGCUCGUGUCAGAGCCAGAGCUUGUUGAUGUCGCUGGGCCUGUGUCCGAGCCUGACAUCCCUGUCGCGGUCCCUGCAUCUGAGCCGGUGCCUGAAGCCGCGGAUGUUGCUGUACCCGUGUCUGAGUUGGUGCCUGGGCCUGAAGUCCCUGUGGCAGUUCCUGUAUCCGAAUCGGUGCCGGAACUUGAAGUCCCUGUAUCUGAGCCAGUGGCUGAACCCGUCCCUGCAUCCGAUCCAGUGCCUGAGCCUGACACUCCUGUGCCCGAGCCUGUUUGUGAGCCCAAGCCCGUGGGUGUUGCUGAAUCUGAGCCAGUGGCUGAACCCGAUGCCCCUGCUCCGGCCCCUGUACUUGAACCCGUUGAGGUCCCUGUAUCGGCUGCAUCUGAGCCCGAGCUUGUUGAUGUUCCUGCAUCGGUCCCUGCGCCUGAACUCGUGCCUGUUUCUGAGUCCGUUGAGGCCCCAGUCCCUGUACCUGCAUCUGUACCUUCAUCUGAUACACUUGGCUCGGGUCCGGGCACGGAAAUGGAGUCCCAGUAUGUGAGAUCAAUCCAGUCAGUAGAAUCCAUGACACUUUCCAGGGUGUAG